AUGGGUGUUCCUUCUCCUCUGUUGGCCGUGACUGGUUCUUCCUCUGGUGGUUUGGGUGGUGGUAGGGAGAUCUUGUAUGUUCCUUCUCCUCUGUUGGCCGUGACUGGUUCUUCCUCUGGUGGUUUGGGUGGUGGUAGGGAGAUCUUGUAUCGAAGUUUAUUCAAGUACCUGCUUAGCCUCCCCAGGUUCGUCAGAGCGUUUGAUAUUUGGUUCUUGCCGCCUUCUCGUUUCGUUCUAAUCUCUGACCUACUGCUACCAAUGUGUGUCCUCUACUUCCUCCUUUUUCCUGGAGUUCUCGUUGGAUGUUUUAAGCUUCUCAUUGUAUCUGAAGCUCCCAUUUUGCCACGCUUUGCCAUGUCGUUGCUGGAAGUGAUCACAAGGGCUGCUACCAAUUCCAAAGACACUGCAACUGGGUCCGAAUACCCAAUAAUCCUUAAUCCAGAUGAAACUUUUUUAAAUUUGAAGCCUCAGCUUGAAACUCCAAAUGCUACUGUCCUUGUCAGCCCUGUAUCUGGGUGGCAACCUUCCCAAACCGAUACCAAAGUCAUCGAGAUUAGCAAGAAGUUCCACCCUAAGCUGAAGCGGAAGCUCAAGGACACCAAUAGUUUCACUAAAGAAAAGUUCAUCACACUGUUGAAGCCAUUUCUAGAGGAAGUUAGGGAGAUAUUAGGGCUCUCUGUUGCUGCAGAUUCGGCUAAUGAUGCUGAUUAUGCUUGUGCGUUGCUCCGGAAGAUAGGGUUUUUUAUGGGUCAAGAUGUGGCGAGUUUGGUUCUUGAAGCAAGUCUCAAGUUUGAGAUAUGGGACAUGGUGGAGACGUUGAUUGUUAACCGGUUAGUUGGCCAUUCAUGUUAUUCAAGCUUGGUCGAGAGCCUGAUUUCCAGAAAGAGGUCUGAUAUUCUUUGCCUAUGUAUCAAAUAUGCCACUGAUCUUGGACUGUCGGAAUUGACUGGCGUUGUGAAGUAUUUUCUGUGCCCUUCAAGAGAGGCUUACAAUGCUAUGGCAGAUGUAAGGAAAGAAUGGGAAAGCCAAGCUUUGACUGCCAUUGACAAAGCAAGCGACAUGAGCUUGUUGGACAACAAGAAGUCGAGGUUGGCUAAAGAGGCUGCAGUUCUGCUUAUGCUUGCAUAUGAUGGCUUCUCUACUUCCGAGCUCUACCUGCAUUACUUGCUGGCAUCUUCAAAUAUUGAUGAGGUGAUUAUGUCAGCAGCGAUCAGUAAGCUGAACGGUAGAGAGUUGAUGUGCUUGGUAAGAUAUUUGGGGAAAUGGUUGAAGAAGUAUGAAAGGUUUCCUGAGGCUGUACCUUGUCCCAAGGCUUCUAAUGCAUUAGGGUUAAAAGCUUGUGCUUGGGUUCCUAAACUCGAUGACAUUGUCAGAUGUUUUGGGCUGGUCGUGGAUGAAAACUUCUCCACUUUGAUACUGCACACUGAGUUUCACGAAGAGCUGAAAGCAAUUAAGGAGUAUGUUGGCUCUCUAGCCUCAGAAGCCCCACUCUGUAGUUCUGUAGCAACUUCCAUCAGCAGAUUAAGGAGUGAAGCUAAAGGUGAGCAGAGCUAGGUUCUCUUGUAAUGACCUUUUUUGCAUUUGAGUUAAGGUGUUGAUAGUUGAGCUAAAACUAGAGAACCGAGAGUUUUCUAUAUUGUGGGCUCAUCAUAUUCUCCCCUGUGACUCCAACUAGUCCAAUUUUGAGUUUAAGUUUCGUCCAGGUGACCAGGUCCAAUCAAUAAGCGGUUCCUUUAUUUGAUCUGGGUAGUCUAUAGUUCUUUCAGAUGAAGAGUCGAUAUUCAAUGAUGAAUUAGAGUAGGGGAGCACCAAAACUCAGUUUAAAUUGGCAUUGGAUUGAUAUUUGGAUAAAAUUCGAUUGAAGCAGAUGUAGUUCGCUUUAAGUUUGAUAUUAUAAAUCCUCUUAGAACGACG